AUGAAGGACAGUAAGUUUGACCUGGUGCUCACUGACCCCUGUGGGGGUAUUGGAGUCAUUUUGGCCAAAUAUUUGAACCUUCCUUUGGUUUAUAAUGUUCGUUGGAUAAUAGCUGAAGAGGGUCAUCUUUCUAUUGCUCCUUCACCUUUAUCAUAUAUUCCUAUAACAGGAUCUGGAAACACUGAUAAGAUGACCUUUUUCCAGAGAGUUAAAAACGUCCUUAUGUAUCUAAAUACCCACGUACAUAAUCAGCUGGUAAUUAAGCUAGUAUACCAGAAGUUGUGUGAAAAAUAUCUUGGCGCCGAUAGUGACUUUAAUCAAUUAAUACUUGAUGCAGACCUGUGGCUGAUGAGAGUGGACUUUGUGUUUGAGUUCCCUCGGCCCACCAUGCCUAAUGUUGUCUAUAUUGGAGGCUUCCAGUGUAAACCACCAAAACCUCUUCCUGAACACCUGGAGGAGUUUGUGCAGAGUUCUGGAGAGCAUGGGGUCAUCAUCAUGUCUCUGGGGGCUUUUGUGAGUGAACUUCCCGCUGACAUGACAAACCAGAUCGCUGCUGAUUUUGCUAAAUUACCCCAGAAAGUCAUCUGGAGGCAUAAAGGUGACAGACCAGCCACUCUGGGCAACAACACUUUGAUAGUCGACUGGAUGCCACAGAAUGACCUUUUAGGACAUCCCAAGAUCAAACUGUUUGUGGCUCACGGAGGAACAAACGGAGUUCAAGAAGCUAUUUAUCACGGAGUCCCAGUUGUGGGUCUGCCCUUGUUUUUCGACCAAUACGACAACCUGCUGCGUCUGAAAGAGAGAGGAGCUGCUGAGCUUCUUACCGUUCAAACAGUGGACAAAGACAACAACUUUGUGAAUGCCAUACAGGAAGUCCUGAAUGAGCCCUCCUACAGGAUGAACAUGCAGAGACUCUCCAGGCUGCACAGAGAUCAGCUGAUGAAGCCUCUGGAUACCGCCCUCUUCUGGAUAGAGUUUGUCAUGAGACACAAAGGUGCAGCUCACCUGAAAGCACAGUCUUACAGAAUGCCCUGGUAUUCCUACCACUCCGUUGAUGUGUUGUUGUUCCUGGCUGGAGCUGUGCUGCUCAUGCUUUUAACUUUUUUCAUUUUCAUCAGGUUUUUAUACACCACUAAUGUGUAAACCUAAAGUGAAACGUGACUAAUCAUUCAAGGGACAUAUAUUCUGCACAUUGAUGUAAAGAAAUACAUCAUUAUGAAAAUGGAUUUUGGGAUUAAUAUUAUAGAUUGAGAUAAGAUUUGCUUGACUGCCCAUUUAUGCAACAUUUGAUUGUUACCAAGCGAUGGCCUUAUUUUGUAUGUUAUUUUAUUUGUAUUUUAGUAAAGUAUUUGUAUUAACCAAAUAUAUAUUGUGACCUUUUUAUAACAAACGCUACAAAUAAAAUACUAGGAUUGGA